CUCAAGUAGAGGGAACUCAUCUUGAUUGGAUAAAGGAAAAAAUUGUUUCUUGAGUUGAAAAUUGGGCAGUGUCCUCGUGGCAGACAUGUCCCCAUGUUUGUUAAUUUCAUCGACACAAUGACAGUAAGGACCUUCAGGGAGGUGGCAGCCCCUGCGCCAGCCCUGUCCACGUGGUCCUCCCUGCUGGACCUGCAGCCACGCUUUCCGUGGGACCUGCACCCGUCCCUGGCCUGGCCACGUCCCUGGUGCGCUCCCAUCCCAGGGUGGGGAUGAGCCGCCACGGGGCUGUGGUGCUCAGGAUGUGCCGCAGGCCGUGAGGUCGUGGGGGUGCGCCCCUCUUAGCAUCCCUGGAUUCUUGCUGAGAACAGUCAGUGGAGACAUCGUUUGGAAAUUGAAACAGAAAAGCUCAUUGAUUCCUCGCUCUGAUCAAGUUAGACGAGAAAGGGAAGGUCCAGGUCUGGCCUCUUCGGCCUCCCAUCAGCUCCGCUGGCCCAGCCCAAGGACGCCCCUGUCAACGGCUGCCAUGGCCUGGCCCCAGCAGAGGGGGACACAGAGGCGAUGCGGCCGGGGCUGGGGCCCCCGCUGCCUCCCUGUGGGGACCAGCCCCUCGAGACUGUGGGCCCCGAGACGCCCCCAGCCCUCGUGCCACUGCUGGCCCCCGGAAGCUUGCCUCCGUUCCCGCCGUACUUCGAAGGCGCCCCUUUCCCUCCCCCGCUCUGGCUGAGAAACACGUACCAGCAGUGGGUGCCGCAGCCACCGCCCAGGACCAUCAAGAGGACUCGGCGACGCCUGACCCGCAACCGGGACCCGGGCCGACUGGCCCUGAGCCCCAUCCGCCUGCGGCCGCGCCAAGUACUCUGCGAGAAGUGCAAGAGCACCCUGAGUCCCCCGGAAGCCAGCCCCGGGACCCCGGCCCCCCGGCCCCGUAGGAGCCCUGGCCCCCUCGGGGAGGCCUGCAGGCCCGAGGGCCCGCAGGGCAGAGGCAACUUGGCGGCCGAGGCGGCUGCAAGGAGGGGCAAGAGGGAUCGGCCGGACGGGGACAGGGCCCGGGUGCCCAGGAGCCCGGCCAUCAAGAUCUCAUACAGCACCCCGCAAGGCACAGGCGAGGUGGUGGAGAUCCCCUCCCGUGUGCACGGCUCCCUGGAGCCCUUCUGUCCCCCGCGGGCCCUGCACAGCAGCGGCCAGGACCCUGCGGUCCCGAGGGACAGGCCACCCGGCGGGCCCUCUGCCUCCAUCCCAAAGCUGAAGCUGGCGCGGCCUGGGCCCCCGGGCGCCGACCUGCCGCCCCCCAAGAUCCGCCUGAAACCCCGCCACCUGGGGGCUGGUGAGCGGGAGCCGGUCUACAGGGCUGAGCUGGUGGAGGAGCUCAAUGGCCGCAGGCGAGGCCCCCGGGCCAGCUCGCCCGGCGUCCUUGCCGACGGCGCCCACAGCGGGCUGGUGGACUUGUCUUCCGGGAGUUCUGGCGAGGACGACAGCGUCAGGAGGUGCCCCCAGGGCACACGUGGGAGCGACAGCCUGGCUUUCCUCACCACCUGCCCUCGGACGGAGAUGGAUCGUGCCAGUGAGUCAGUGUGGAGCAGCGACAGCCUCGACGAGUCCAGAUCGACCAGCUCAGAAGUCACGUCACUGGACACGUGUGACCUCUUGUCUGGUGACGGGGUGUCUGCUCCGUCCUUGUCCAGGGACACCCAGCAGACAGUCCCGCCACUCACAGUCAGGCUGCACACACAGAGCGUCUCCAAGUGUGUCACAGAGGACGGAAGGACGGUGGCCGUGGGGGAUGUCGUGUGGGGCAAGAUCCAUGGUUUCCCUUGGUGGCCAGCGCGUGUCCUUGACAUCAGCCUCAGCCAGAAGGAGGACGGGGAGCCCUCUUGGCAAGAGGCAAAAGUCUCAUGGUUUGGUUCUCCAACUACAUCAUUCUUGUCUGUUUCAAAACUCUCCCCUUUCUCUGAAUUUUUCAAACUGAGAUUUAACCGUAAGAAGAGGGGGUUGUAUCGGAGAGCCAUCACAGAGGCCGCAGAUGCCGUGCGACACGCGGCCCCGGAAAUAAGGCAGCUCUUAACCCAGUUUGAAACAUAACGCAGUGCCUGAACCAGGUCACCGAUGAUGAGGGCGUGGCAGUUCUGGGGCUUCGGCUUGGGGGUGUCCUCUGAGCUGCCCAUUCCACACAAAGGACCCACAUGCCUGCUGGCCAGCUGUGUGCCAGGCGGGCAGAUGCCAGGAGAGCAGCAGGUGUGUGUGGCGCCGAGGACAGAGCCCCAGGAGCCCGCAGCUGCCCUCUGCUGAGUGUGUCUAUUCUGACUCUGGCUUGUCUGGUUUGUGACGUUCCGGGAGCCCAGAGACAUGGUUGCUGCUUCCACGCCUACCGGGGGCACAGGCAGCCACUGGAUGUGGGCCCUGUGAGGAGCAGGGCCUGCAGCCUGGCAUCCAGUGUCCUGAGGGCGGCCAGCCCUUGCUGUCAGCUCAGGGCCACCCUGCAGGCUUGCAUGUGCGGGGUUCUUCCUACCCAGGCCCUCGGGCACGGGGUCUCUGUGCACUUGAGAAUUGGGGAGCCCACCCCUGCCUUCCCGCCACAUUCACCCCAGAGCUUGGGGCCCCCAGGUGCCCAGCACCCCUACUUGGGGCCACCCUGUCCCCAAAACACUGCUGGGAGUUACCUAUUCUGCGUGGGGGUGGGGUUCUCACUUAGAAACCGGACUUAAAUGCUGACAGGGAGAAGCCUGUCAUUCGUCGUUUGUCGGGGCUGUUCCUUUUCCCCUUUUUGUCACUUUAAAGACCAAAAACAUUCAGAGAGGAAAAGAAAGCACAUUCUGCUCUUUCUUUGUUUAAAUGUUAGACCAAGGGGAGUCUGCACUGUGAUCAGGGGUGUGUGCCCUGCUGUGUGUCCGUCAGGUCCUGCAGGUGGGACGGACGCCGUAUGGAUGUCUUCCAUGUCGAAGGGCGCCUCUGUCCCAGCCAGCGUGUGCGGGGGCUGGGGGUGCCCCAGGUCCUCUCCAAAACAGAAGAGGGGUCUCCCCUCCCUGGCAGUUCCUGUUGCUCAGGACCU